AUGGACGGUAAAAGGCAUCCGAACUCGUUCCAGCAGCUGGAGAAGCUGGGCGAGGGAACCUACGCUACAGUCUUCAAAGGCCGCAACCGUCAGACGGGCGACCUUGUUGCUCUCAAGGAGAUUCACUUGGAUUCCGAGGAAGGCACACCUAGCACGGCCAUCCGCGAGAUUUCCCUGAUGAAAGAGCUGAAGCACGAAAACAUAGUGGCGCUCCACGAUGUCAUCCACACCGAGAACAAACUGAUGCUUGUCUUCGAGUACAUGGACGGUGACCUGAAGAAGUACAUGGAUACGCAUGGUGACAGGGGCGCCCUGAAGCCCAUAGUCAUCAAGUCCUUCAUGUACCAGCUGCUGAAAGGGAUUGAUUUCUGCCACAAGAAUCGGGUUCUUCAUCGCGAUCUGAAACCGCAGAACCUGCUGAUCAACAGCAAGGGUCAGCUCAAACUCGGCGACUUCGGUCUCGCUCGCGCCUUCGGCAUUCCCGUCAACACCUUUUCGAACGAGGUUGUGACACUCUGGUACCGUGCACCUGACGUCUUGCUCGGCAGCAGGACUUAUAACACGAGCAUUGACAUCUGGUCGGCCGGCUGCAUUAUGGCCGAGAUGUUUUCCGGGAGACCGCUAUUCCCAGGGACUACCAAUGAGGAUCAGAUCAUCCGCAUCUUCCGCAUUAUGGGGACGCCAACGGAAAGAACCUGGCCAGGGCUUUCGCAGUUCCCCGAAUACAAGACGACCUGGCAGAUGUAUGCGACGCAACCUCUGAGCACCAUCCUGCCCCAGAUCGAUCCCUUAGGUAUCGACCUGCUCCAGCGCAUGCUGCAGUUGCGGCCAGAGCUUCGCAUCACCGCGGCCGAUGCCCUGAACCAUCAGUGGUUCCAUGACAUCAUUGCGGCACAAAAGCACCACCCCCAACACCACCAAGUGCCACAGCCAAUGAUGCAUCCUCAUGGAGGCUAUCAGCAGCCGGUUCCAAGCCAAGGAAACUACGGCGGCUACUAG